AUGACUUCCAAGUUCAUCAUAGAUAGCAUGCUGCCCAAGUACCACCAGCAGUUCCAUCACCAGAACCUGUUCUCAGCGGGAACGCCGAUAGAAGGUUUAUCAUCAUCAUCGUUAUCCUCGUCGUUGUCAGCGCUGGGAGCCGCUUCCCCCGGGGCGGGUAGUCCUCAGCGCUCGUCAUCAUCAUCGUCAGCAUCCCCCGGAGCUCCUUCUAGGAUGUAUCCUUACGUGUCUCAUCACCAACAGUUCGCUGGUUCCGUUCCGUUCCCUACGAGCGGCGGUUUGUCUGAUGAUAAGAGCUGUCGUUACCCAACGGCGGCUGACCCUAUGGUGAAUUACGCGCUGGGCCAGCAUAAUGGGGGAGCAGCGGUGUCUGCUGCCUCAGCCAGCAUGGCGGCCGCGGCACAGUUCUACCACCAAGCCGCAGCAUCAGCAGCGUCAGCCGCCUCCGCCUCAGUAGACGCCAUGGGCGCCGCUUGCUCGCAACCUUCAACACAACCUCUACCGGACAUACCUCGCUAUCCGUGGAUGUCGAUCACUGGUAACUAUCAUUAA